UAAUCUUUAUAUAAUAAUCAGUCCUUAUAUAUCAAGCUAUAAUAAUAGUUAUCCAGCUAAAUUUAUCCUAAAUUUAUAUAUACGAAUUUUGAAAACUUUAAAUGUUGAAAUUGCUGAUCGAAAUUUGUCUAUUAUCCAAAAGGAAAUGUUAAGGAACAAUGCUAUUAAAGAUAAAAUGAGAUUACUUGAUGCUUCAAAAAUUGUAUCCUCCUUAUACCAAAUUAUUGCUUUGUAUCGAAUGGAUAUUCCCGAACUUUGCGUUGCGGCUUUCGAAGUGAUAGGCCUUUAUUCCUCCUGGCUGGACAUAAACUUAAUUAUCAACGACAAAACGCUAACCCUGAUUUCCGAAACCAUAGCAUCCUCUUCCCAAUCCUUCGGAAGUAACGCGAUCUACGAUUCGCACGUUAAAAUAGCAGCAUUGAAAGCGCUAUGCGACGUGCUCAAUAAAAAAAUGGAACCUUUGCCUAAGGUGCAAUUCCUGGAGAGGAUGUACGAUAGAAUAGUGAGUCAAGAUCUCGGAUUCACCUUUGAAAUAGCUAUUGACGAAUAUUCUAAACCCGAAAAUUCGGAAUAUUUGAUUCAAAAAGGCAAAUUGCUCAAUACUUUUGGAACUCUUUUGAUCUUAUCGUGGAGCAAAUUAUUCAAAUUACGUGACGCUAACAAUGCUAAUUUUAUAUUGACCUCAUCUAUACUACCCAAAGUCGAUACCAUGAUAAGAUUCAUGAACAUUCCCCAUACACCCGUGAGUUUAAGCGUCCUCGAUUUUGCCAACGAAUAUUUGGGCGUAGUCGUGAAGCAAUGCCGAUCCAUAAAUUUUCAAUACGAUUUUGAACCUCACCUACAACAAUUCUUCCUUAUACUAGUCAACAAAAUCAUGAUCCCAGACGAAUACGAAAAUGAUAUGAAGGAAUCUGAAUACAACGAAUAUAAAUCGAUCAGGAAGGAAUUGAAGCCUUUUUUUGACAAUCUUUCAUCCGUCAGUUACAACCUUGUAAUCAACGCGAUAAAACAGUAUUCGGCAAACGUGUUGCCAGAAUGGUGGGUCCAUUUGUUCAAGGAAGUUGAAAUGGUUCUCACGCUCAUCAAUUUCCUAGCCGAUUACUAUAACUUAUACAAAACUCAGCUCAACAAUUGUGGUAACAAUAACAAAAUGAAUAAUAACUCGAAUCAUCGCGACGAAAACAUGGGCAACCAUCAAAUAAAAGAUCCUAAAGCUGUUCAAAAUACUAUGAAUGAAAUACUGGAAAUCUUUUUGUCGAGUAACGUUUAUCAACAUCCCGCUUCCAUCGUUCAAACUUUAUACUUCGAGAUUUUAUCGAAAUUCGAACGUUUGAUAGCCAAAAAUCCCAAAUAUAUCAACCAAGUUUUACUAGCAUUUCAGAGUGAAAAGGGAAUCAAGAGUCCCUCACCAAAGAUCAGAAGCCGUUGCUUGCAAAUUUUUUGUCGCUUCAUCAAAAGUUUCAAGCCUAAUUUAAACGCUUCCGGAAAUAUGACUGUCAAUAACUCUAAUCUUUCCAACGAAAUGUUAACUUUCAUUCAGCAAAUCCUGGAAUGGGCGAUUUGCAACGAAUCAUUGCUCAGCAAAGAAGACAUGAACGCUCUUUACGAAUCGUACUCCGUUCUCAUCAUAUCCUCCAAUUUGGAUUUGAACGCCAAGAAAGAAGCAAUGGAAAAACUUUUGUUAUCCCUGGUUACCAACUUUCAGAAUACUUUUUCUCCGCUCCAGGAUAUUAACAAAACACAGACUAUCAAUUACCGAUCGCUAAAUUUUAUCGUGACCCGUUUUGUCAAAAUCAUCAAUUAUAUCAUAAGAACAACUAAAGCCUUUUCGAACCAUAGCCCGAUGAAGCAAUCUAAUUUGGAAAACGUUUACGCCUGUAUUCUCGAUACCUUACUUUCCUCCCUGGACUUUUUGGAUCAAAACAUAUCGCGCGCGUGUUCCAACAACGAGAAACAAGAAGAAGAGAAAGGCAUUCAAUUGAGGUACGCGAUGUACAGUGGCGUCAGGCAAUACUUUCACGUUAUGGUGGUUUGCCUGGAGGAAUCUAUUAUUAUCCCGUAUGUUACACCCGCUUUUGAAAAAUUCAUAAAAUUUCGCGAUUUCAAAAACGUUUCCGAGAUUAUACCGCUUUUGAAUCAAGUUACCACAAAAUUUAAGAAAAACGCUCCGUCGUUGAUAAACGCACUAUUCAUGCCACUGGUAACCGUUAUAUUCGAGCUAUUGAACAAACCAUUAGACGCCGAUUCUGAUCCGCAUGAAAUAAGAGAACGAUUAAGCCUGCAAAGGAGCUAUUAUUCCUUUUUAAGUCAUUUGAUUAACCAAAACAACAUGGUCGGAGUCUUGGUCGAUCAAGGAGAACAAAACAUGAAGCUUAUUAUCGAAUCCAUUAUACAAGGAGUUAUUGAAUGCCAAGAUCCUAUAGUUCAAAAAAGCUGUUUUAUGCUCCUCAGGAAAUGGGUGGACUUAUGGAUGAAUUCCUCAGAUCCUUCCAAUUCAAAGCCGAGCACAAACAAUUUAAAUUUAGAUUCUAUAAGCUUUUCCCGAUUCGUUUAUUCGACCAUAUUUCCCGCCUGUUUUUCUGCGCCUUUAAAAAUGUCUUUCGAUUUAAAGGAUGCUCAAACAAUACAGGCUCUAAAUGAGUGCGCUUUGUGUUUUCAAUUGAUACAUCGUAAAGGGAGUUCCGAAUUUGAAAAUGUAUUGGUCAAUCAGAUAUUUCCAUCUAUGAAUAUAACCAAUCCCACUAUUCAACAACAAUUCGUUACCGCUUUACGUUCCGAUAUCAAAAGCUUCAAAACUUUUUUAAAAGAAUUCUACAGCAAUGCCAAAUCAAUUCAAUUCUAAACACGAGUGACAAAAGACAUAAUUUUUAUUGGCUCAGUUUAGUCAUUCCAUUCCCAGGAUAUAAGAUUCAAAUUUAGCCCUUCUUCGAAAGAACCAAAUUAUUUACAAUUAUACUCAUUUGCAUACGAAAAUAUUAGUAUUCGAAUUUUUUUUAUCAUACAUACGACGAUGAUAACAUUUGUUAUUCAUACGGAUAUAAUUUUAAA